UAGCACAGUACCUGCAUGUAGGAGAGGUACAGUAAAUAUUUAUUAGAUGAAUGUUCUCUCAGUCUUAGCUUCUUCAUCUAUAAAAUGGUGGCGAUAAUAGUACUUUCCUUGUAGGUAGGAAUAUCAUGAAUAUUUUAUCAGAGAGCUUAAAUGAGACGAGGUGCAUAAGGGGCUUAGUACAAGGCGUGGCACAGAGUAGGUGCUACACUGAUGUGAGCUCCCUUCCCACCCUCACAUCCAGAGGUCGCCGCCCUGAUCCUAAUUGGUCUUUCCCUUCCCAUAGCUGCCUGGAGAGUCUGCACACUGUUGAGUGAUCUGCACGCCUCAGCGUAUGCCAAGGAUGGCAGGCUCUGGACUCCUGUGGUUGGCCUUGGCCUCCUGCCUUCUGACCUUGGCAUCUGCAGAGCAGCCAGGUUUCAGAAACCCUGCUGAACCCAGUUCUUACGGGUUGGACUUGGAUUGUGGAGCCCCUGGCACCCCAGAGGCCCACCUCUGUUUUGAUCCCUGCCAGAAUUACACCUUGUUGGAUGAACCCUCCAGAAGCACCGAAAACACAGAAGGUACCCUGCUGUGUGAUCAGGACCUGCAAGGCUGGUACCGUUUUGUGGGCGAAGGGGGAGUCCAGAUACCGGAGACCUGUGUCCCGGUGUUCCGGUGCCAGACGGCUGCUCCCCUGUGGCUGAAUGGGACCCACCCCACCCUCGAGGAGGGCAUUGUCAACCACACUGCUUGUGCCCACUGGAGUGACAAUUGCUGCCUCUGGAAGACGGAGGUGUCAGUGAAAGCCUGCCCUGGUGGGUACUACGUGUAUCAGUUGGAGGGCACACCCGGCUGUGAUCUGAGAUAUUGCACAGACCCCUCCACUGUGGUGGACAAGUGUGAGGAGUCCUGCCGCUCCGAGGAGGAGUGCCGCUUGGUCAAUGGUGUCUGGGCCUGUUUCUGCAGGGAGGACCUCAACAACUCUGAUAUCCAGAGUUUACAGCCUCAGCUGGACUGUGGGGCCAAAGAGAUCAAGGUAUCACUGGACAGGUGUCGGCUGGAAGGCCUGGGUUUUGGGGAGGAGGUCAGUGCCUACCUGCGGGACCGGAAUUGCAGCAGUAUCAUGCAAACGGAGGAAAGGAACUGGAUAUCUGUGACCAGCCCUGCACAGGCUGGUGCCUGCGGAAACAUCCUGGAGAGAAACCAAACCCAUGCAAUCUACCAAAACACAUUCUCCUUGGUCAACAAUUUCAUCAUCAGAGACACCAUCCUCUACGUCAACUUCCAGUGCGCCUACCCACUGGACAUGAAAGUCAGCCUCCAGACUGCCCUGCAGCCCAUCGUCAGUUCUCUGAACAUCAGUCUGGACGGGAAAGGAGAGUUCGUUGUCAGGAUGGCACUUUUCCAAGACCAGAACUACACGUCUCCUUACGAAGGAGAUGUGGCUGUGCUGUCUGUUGAAUCCAUACUCUAUGUGGGCGCCAUCUUGGAUAGAGGGGACACCUCCCGGUUUAACCUGUUGUUGAGGAACUGUUAUGCCACACCCACGAAAGACAAGGCUGACCCUGUGAAAUAUUUCAUCAUCAGAAACAGCUGCCCGAAUCUACAGGAUUCCACAAUCUACGUGGAGGAGAAUGGGGUGUCCUCAGAGAGCCGGUUCUCUGUUCAGAUGUUCAUGUUUGCUGGCAAUUAUGACCUAGUUUUCCUACACUGUGAGGUUCAUCUCUGUGAUUUCCUUAACGAGGAGUGCCAGCCGUCUUGCUCAACAAGUAGACGCCUCAGCGAUGUAGUAGUCAUUGACCCAGCCCGUGUUCUAGAUUUGGGACCCAUCACUCGGAAAGGUGCCCCAUCUCCUGGUGUCAUGAGCGGAGCCCCCAGCACCUCAGGGAUCCUGCUGGCCUGGCCCACGCUUCUCCUGCCUGUCCUACUGGCUUGGUUGUUCUGA